AUCGUCAUCAGCAAAAAAAAGUAUGCAUCUGUGGCAGAUUGGCCAAUCCAGUGAAUUUAAUCGUCUAUUUUAGGGUGAAAUAAACAACGUAAAAAGGGCCGUGUCCGGUAAAGGAAUCCGGAAAGAACGGUGUGUCGACCCACCCAGCUGUAUCCAGGUAAAAAAAGCUUUUUCGAACCGAAAAAAGACAACAAACCCCGUAAACCAUCAUCAUGGGUAUGAACAUUAGCCGUAAUGUUGACCUGGCCGAGAAUGAGUUUCUGCAGCGAUUCGUGGGCAAAGAACACGUCCCGGCUUACAAUGACGAGUUCUGGAACAGUUUCCUGCAAUAUCACAUCCAUCUUCCGACAAAUAGCCAAGAGCAACUUAGUCUGGACUCCCGACUGGAAUCACUGUGUCAAAAUUUCAUCAGCCACAAUUUGUCAUCCGGAAACUUUGGCUCGCUAAUCAAUAUAUUUUUGCUGCGCGUUUCCGAACUGCUGGCGCUGUCCGAUGCAGAAAGCUCGAUUCACAUCUGGCAAGCAUUCAAUGCUCUGUUCAUCAUCAGAAGUCUGAUCAAGUACAUGAUCGAAACUGGAUCCGAGUAUCAACUGAUGCAGCAUUUCGAAGCUUUACCCAUUCAAAGCAACAACCAACCAGACACGGUGGCAACGGCAGAACAAGUCGGCAGCGAUGGCACCACGACGGCUGUGAAUGUGGACAACAGGGCUUCUAUCGAUACUCAGGCGGCCCUGGCAAAACUGAUCGAUGGUACCAAAUUUGAAACAUUCAUGGAAGCUUUGGUGAACAUUAUAGUGGUGAUUCCGGUGAAAGAGUUUACAUAUCAUCUUCAUCUCGAAGCAGUAAACACUUUGAUCGUACUCCUGUCGGUGAGUCAAUUUAGUCAAAAUGGAACAGAAAAGUCGAUCAUUUUCAGAACAAUCUACAAAUGCCAGCACGCCAACACAUUAACGAGUGCCCUGUUGCACUUCCUGGCCCGUAUGGCCCAGGUACCAGCGACGAUGUUCGGGUUCGGCAGUGGAGGUUCGUUUGUUUUUGGCAUCGCCGAAUCGUUGUGGUCUCUGUUGACAUUCUCCCGGAAGCAACCGGACAUCCUAACGGCCCACGAUCUGCCGACCGCUUUCAAGGAUCACUACCCCUUGGCCAACCAGAGCUUGUUGUUGAUUUUAAUCCUUACCAACCAUCACACGACGAAAGAUAAUCCGUACCGGGCGAGUUUGUUCGGGUGUGGCGAUUCUCAAGAAGAAUCUUUGAAAGACGAGACAGCUUCCUUUAAAAUCGACUUCUGUUCCCUUUACAAUACAUUGUGCCGAAUUGUUACGAUAGAUCAGGCCACACUGUUACUGUAUCUUUUACUGCAUCGAAAUCAACGCUUCUAUCGAUAUGUUAUGGCGCAGCAGAAUCUUCAACAGUUGGUUAUUCCUAUUCUACAAACUCUUUAUAACGCACCUGACAGUACCUCUCAUCACAUCUACAUGUCACUUAUUGUACUUCUAAUCCUAAGCGAAGACGAUAACUUCAACAAAAGUGUGCACCAAAUUAUGCUAAAGAACAUAACAUGGUACACGGAACGAUCCAUAACGGAAAUUUCACUCGGUGGUCUUCUGAUACUGGUCGUCAUACGCACCAUUCAGUAUAACAUGCUUAAAAUGAGAGACAAAUAUCUUCACACCAACUGUCUGGCCGCACUAGCUAACAUGUCCGGUCAGUUCCGAUCUCUGCAUCCUUACGUGGCUCAGCGACUUGUUAGUUUGUUCGAAACCCUGGCCAAAAAGCAUGCCCGCCUCGAUCAACAGCUGAAGCAAACGGACAUGAACGGGGAUCCGGUGAGCAACGCUGUGGCCGUAGCCAUAGCUCCGGGAUCUACCUCCGACGAUAUGUUACAGGAUCUGUCUGUGUUGGAGGAGGUGCUACGAAUGGUGCUAGAAAUACUCAAUUCCUGUCUGUCCCAUCAGCUAGUGUACUGUCCAAAUCUGGUGUACACGCUACUGUACAAACGAAACGUAUUCGAGGCCUUCCGGAGCCAUUCGGCUUUUCAGGACAUUAUUCAGAACAUUGACAUGGUUGUAGGAUUUUUCUCAUCAAGGUUGGUGCGGGUACAGGAUCAACGAGGUGAACUAGGUGUCAACGAAGUGCUCGAAGUGAUAUCUAAAGGAGCAAGUCAGUGGUCUAGCGAUCGUUUAAGGAAAUUUCCGGACCUAAAGUUCAAGUACGUCGAAGAAGAUGCACCGGAGGAGUUCUUCAUCCCCUACGUAUGGACGCUGGUUUGCAAGGCCGGUUGUGUACAUUUUAGUUCCGAAUCCAUCAAAGGUGUCACAACGGAACUGAGCUGUUAGCCCGCCAUAUGAGGGCCGGCCGCCGAUAAACGCGUUUACACUAGAAGUGUAGUAAUCGUGUUUUUCAUGCUAUUCGUCUUAGAAUGAGAGAUCCUAGAUAACCGGUAGGAGGUAUUGUUAAAUGCGAGUUAUUCGAAGAAAACAGAAACAAGUUUAACAAUUUUAGCUGAUAGAACGUCUCCCUAUUUUCUGUUCUAUUGUUACAACGUGUGAUCGCGAACGAAUGACUGCACUUCAAUAAAAGCACGUCUAGUAAACAACCUACAUAAUAAUUGAAUGAGUUUUUAAGCAUUCCUUGGGAACUUUCUGUGUUUCUUAUUUUUGUAAAUAUUUUUGUUUCAUUCUAAUUUGUUUUCUGUAGCAAUGAGGACAAAGCUCAAAUUCAAACUGAAACUGUACAUAGAAUCUGAAACUCUUCCGUUAUUUAUAAUUAGAUGUUUUGUCAGAUGAAAUCACGAUUAUUGUUUUUAUUGGUUGGACUAGAAAAUGAUUGUACUGAUAAAUGUAUUUUAUGUUUUAUUUUGAAGGAAUGUGUAGUUUUUCAAUGGCAACAAAGUUGGUUAUAUGUUUAGAAACGAAACAAAAAUGAUGUUUUCUUCCGCGAUCACUACUGUGUAGGAAGCUUGAAAUCAUUUUUUUAAUUCUUGAUACACAUGUUAGAUUGUAAAGCUUUUAAAUAGUAACCAUACUAGUUUCGAAAUAGAUAUCUAAGCUUUCCCGACGUAGUAUUUAAACAAAACUAACAUUAUACCCGACAUUGUUUCUUCUAAUUUGAAUCUUGGAACAUUUCUUACAGAAUCAAUAAAACAUUUUUUUUUCAAAUCAAAAUAUUUAUUUAAUAAAUACCUUAAUCAAA